UACAAUUUCCAAAAACACACAAUAAAAUAGUUUUGUUGCAAAGUUUCUCUGAGUCACUUUCAUUUGAAAAAAUACAAUAAAUCAUCAAAAAACAUAAAAAUAUUAUCGAAAAAAACAUAAUUCAACAACAUAAAUACAUUUUUACACAUAAAUCAAUCAAUUCAUCGUAAAACAAUCAGUUUUUUUACCUACGAAACAAAAAUCGAUUUCGAUUUCAAAAGAACAAAAACAAAUCGCCAACGAUGAUGAUGAUAAGUUAUUUGUUUAUGACGACAAAUUUUUAAGAAAAAUACAAUAAAAAAGAAAAGAAUACAAAAAGAAAUCGAAAAUAAAAUCAAACUAUACUUACCUCUAAAUGAAUAUGAAGCUUUUUCAUCCCAUAAUCUUCAUAAUUUGCGUAGGAAUUGCAAAUUUUUCGCACGCCAAUGAUAUAACUCCAAAGGUAUUCGGUUCAGUUAAGGAGGGGGUGGUAGCAGCCUUCGGGGACUUCAAUUCCGAUGAGCUGACUGAUGUUUUCGUUAUCACCAAUGAGUUCACAACCCUUCAAAUUCUAUUGGGAUCUUACACCGAGCCUCUCCUCCAUCCUGGGCCGUUUUGCACCUUCAAAGGCAAGGAAAUUACAAGUGUAGUUCCAGGAGACUUCGACGGCGAUGCUCUAAUGGACGUUCUAGUAACCACCCGUGGAUCGAGGGACAACCUUCUCGAUGUGUACAUCAACUGGGGUGCAUCGGACACCCUUAUUUGCGCCAAUGAAACAACAAUCAACACCACCGGCGAACCCCUGGCCAUCGACUACAAUCGCGACAUGAUUAUAGAUCUCUUCGGAGUUAACGAAUAUUCACAACGCACCUUCUGGAUAUUCCAAAAGAACCGUUUGCCUCCACUAAAUAUCACCCAAACUCCGGCUCCAAAUAAUCAAAACCUUAAUGCCGUCAUUAAGACACCCCAUGCAAAUGCCUAUUUGGACAUUAAUCAUGACUUCACCGCCGACCUGUUUGUGCAGACAGAGAAGUUCUUCGAGGUUUGGUAUGGCAAGACCGACGAUGACAAACAGGGAUUCUUAUUCAAUCACAAAAUAGACAUAAACAUCAUUGGACUGCAGAACAGUCAUGUGGGACAGAGUAUAUUCCUUGACUUGGAGUUGAAAGGUGUCCAAAAUCAGAUCUUGCCCAUGUGCUUCCACGACGAUUGCACUAAUUCCACAAUCUUGGCCCAUGAUGGACACCAUUUCCGGGACAUUCAUGUGAAUUUCAAGGAUCCCCAAGGUGUUCAGUGGGGAUUUAUCCAACCGCGCAAGGAUGAUGUCUAUUUGAAGACGAUUACAGCUCGUGCUGGCGACUACAACAUGGAUGGUUACCCAGACUUGUUGGUCACUCUCAAGGCAAUCACUGGACCGCAAGCUAGAAUGCAGACAUACCUGCUGGAGAAUGUUCCCUGUACUGUGUGCAAUGGUCCACUCAAGCGGACCUUCGAGGUCAAAUGGAAUGCUCUCUCCCCCAUGGGCAAUGACACUGUUGCUGGAGCUUUCUAUGAUUUCUAUCAAGAUGGUGUCCUGGAUGUGAUUUUGAUCGAGAAGAAAAAUGGAAAAUACCGUCCUCUGGCUUUCCGCAACACUCUCGACUAUGAUGCUAACUUCGUCAAGGUAAUUGUCCUCACCGCUCUCACAAACAAGUUCAAUCCCACAGAAAAAACCGCAUUGGGUCGCAAGAAACGUACCUACGGCACCAACCUACCCGGACCACGCAUCGAAUAUUUCACCACCACUCAGGAGGGUGACAUUCAACGUGGAUCAAGUGUCCAACUGCCCCAAUCGGCAUACUUCGCCCUACAAAUGCCCUACACAAUAUUUGGUCUCGGAAGAACACCUAAUUUCGUAGACACUCUCAUCGUGGGCCUGGCAAAUAAGUCCAGGACAUGGACCCAAUUGAUUCCCAACUCCCAAAUCAUCGUAGUGCCACAGCCAAUCGAGGAACCUCAACGUUGGAAGGCUCAGCUCUUCGUCACUCCAAGUAAAUUGAUUCUAAUGAGUGUCGUGGCUUUGGGUGGCACUUGUUUGGUCAUUAUUUUGAUCAUUCUCGUUCUUUAUAUCAAAGAGAAGAAGGAGGAUAAGCAAGAGAAGUUGCAAGAGGCACACAGAUUCCAUUUUGAUGCUAUGUAAAGCCCAAGCAGACCAAAGAGCUGUGUGCAUUAGUUCGUGAUAGUAAAUUGAUUAAAUUUUAAGAAUUCUUACUUUUUCCCUUCAAAAUCAUUUUGUUUUUCAUUUUAAUUUAAAAUUUUAUGUAAGAUUAUCAAAACUAAACAACUUUAACAUUAAACAAUUAAUUAAUUAAACAAA